AUGUUUGCUAGAUUAGUACCUAGAUUGCAACCACAAUUGUUGUCUAAACGAGUAUUGACAGCAAGAUAUCCAAUGUUGACUACAACACCAAUUUAUCAUCAAACCCCGAUGCAAAUUAUCAAAAGAAAUUAUGUUAUUGUUCAUAGAGAAAGAAAAAAAGAACCAGUAAUAAGGUAUCUUUUCUAUAUGCUUGUUGCAUCAUGGGUGGCAAUCUACUUUGUUGCUAAUCGUGUUGAUAAGAAAAAGCCACCGCAACAAAGUUUCACUGAACGUGAAUUUCAACUGUAUGAAGAGGAAACAGGAUUGAAGAGAAGAAAUAAAUUAAUUAGUCAUACCAUGAAUUCAAAAUAUAAAUUUUACGUUAUUCCAUAUGUUCAUGAUGAAGAAGAAUUGAAAAAAGUGGCUAAUUUGUUACAACACAAGGAUGAAAACGCAACGGUGAAGAUCAUUGAUCCCGCACAAUUGAUUGAGGAACAAAAGAAAGAUGAAGGUAUGAAGUAUCAUUACUUGCUUGAAGAUUUAGAUGAACAAGGUAGACCAUAUCCUCCAGGAUUGAUCACUGCAGUUAUAAAGCAGGAGAUUUAUAAGAUUUUGAAUACUAGAGAAGGAACAUUUGAUACCAAUUUUAUAAUUAAAAAUUACCCUCAAACUACCAAUGAAGCAAUCAAAUUUGAAAAUGACAUUUCUGAUAUUCAAAAGUGUUUGAUUUUGCAUUAUGACAUGUUGAAUGAGUUGCCAAAAAACAAAACCGAUGAAGAACAACGUGCCAUCAAGAAUGUUGAUGGGUAUUUUGACUCGGUGGGUAAAUCGAAAACAUUGGUAGAAAAAUUCGAUCCAAUGGAUAAGGAAUUCGAAGAGAUUAUGUUAGAAGACAUUUAA